ACAAAAACAGUGCUGAAAUUUGAAUACAACCCAAUGAGAAUGAGGGAUUGUGGGCCACCGAGCGCCCUCUGGAGGAAUAAUCGUUCAUACCUCAUAGGACACAGUUAUUAGCUAGUAACAUUUGCCGCCCAAUGCUAACAACAAUGGAGGAGAGGUUAAUAGCAGCGGUGUCCGACUAUCCCGAGUUAUACAAUUCUACAAUAAAUUCAUAUAAAGACGCUGCUAGAAAAGCCAAAGCAUGGAGAGCCGUGAGUCUACAAGUUGAAAUACCAGAAGAGGACUGUCGCAGGAGAUGGAAGAGCUUACGGGACAUGUUCAUUAAAGACAAACGCGCAGAGCAGCGCAGGCGAGCGUCAGGAACGUCCCAUCGCAGCUGGAAGUACAGUUGGCAGAUGUCGUUUCUCACGCCUUUCAUUCAGUCCAGAUCGCUGGCCGCAGACGAGCCCGAGGAAGACCGAGAUGAGGAGGACAAGGAAGAGGAGAGGACAGCGGACGGAAACUCAUCGUUUGGCGUCCAGGACUUUGAGGGGGAUCAUGGGAUGUUGGACGCAUCCUCGCACUACUCUGCGUCGGGCUCGCAGGGACCGGGCCGCAAGAGAAAAUGGCAGAUGGAGGCCAAUGAGGACUUGGAGGACGAGAUGUUCUUGUUUAGUUUACUGCCGUAUCUGAGACGGCUGCCUUACGCUAAGAAGAGCGCAGUCAAGUUAAAAAUCCACCAGCUGUUGUAUGAGGCAGAGUUUAAGUGAUGUAGUUUCUUAAUAUUUUUCUAUCUUUUAUUGAUAUUGAAAUUCUAUCCACUGCAUUUUUUUAACAUUCAUAACAUAUUGUAUCAAUGCUGGUAGAUGUUUGUUUCAUCAGAAAUCAGUGAUUAAACAGACAUGUGCACUCUGA